AUGUUUAAUGGGAAUAAUUGUACAAGUUUAUCAGCAGUGAGUUCGUUUCAAUAUUUACAAAAAUUUUGGCAAAAUUUUCUACGACCAAAUAAUAUUCAUUACGAAAUAUAUUAUACACCUAUCGAUACAAAUUAUCAGAAAUAUCCGGAAACUGAGAAUAACGAAUAUUUGGAAAAAGUCUAUUAUGGUAAUAAUUACAUGCAACAACCAAUCAUCGAUAAUCAUGAUCAAUUUUUUAAUUAUAAUAAUCGGAAUAUAUUGGAACAAGGUUCAAUAAUUCGUCAAAUUCCAUCAUCACAUCAAAAUCCAACAAAUGAUUUGGAUACAAUAGUUCCAAAAAAUACAAGUAAAAUUUAUAUUGAAGAUCUAAUACUUCCAAAUAAUUCAGGAGGGCUUAAAGAUGUUAAUUACUUCAAUCAGUUUAGACAGGAGCGAAAUAAUUUUAGAAAACUUUAUGGUGCCAUGAGUUUUGGAUAUGAGCGAAAUCAUAAAGUCCUUGAACCAUCACAAUGGCAUUUAAUGUAUCCAGGAUGUGGUGCAAAACGACAAUCUCCCAUAAAUAUUAUUGAUAACAGGAUAAGACAGUUUCCUUACCAUUCAGAAAAACCAUUUAAUUUUGAGAAUUAUUUCUUAAUGCCGAAUUCGGUGACAUUGAAAAAUACGGGACAUUCAGUUGAACUGAAAUUUAAUUAUUCAGAUCCAAGUACUCGACCAUUUAUCGAACAUGGUGGUCUAAAAUAUCGAUAUGUACUGGAUCAAUUACACUUCCAUUGGGGUAAUACAAAUCUUCGAGGUAGUGAGCAUGCGAUAAAUUCUAGAUAUUAUGCAGCUGAAAUACAUGCAGUACAUGUUCGAUCCGAUUACGAAAAGUUAAAAGACGUCAUAGAAGAUCCACAAGGUGUACUUGUGAUUGCGUAUAUGUUGAAGUUGGACGAUCUAAUUUUUGAUAGAACAUUAGAAUUAAUUACAAAUUCCUUGACCAAAAUUGUUCCACCGAAAUCUAGUACAGAAAUUGAACCGUUCCCUCCAUCUUUUCUGGUUACAACGAAUUUUAAUAAUCAUAAUAUUGUUUCUUAUGCUGGCUCGUUAACAACGCCACCAUGUGCGGAAGCUGUAACUUGGUUAAUUGCACCUGAAACGUUAAUAAUCUCAAGUACACAGUUAAACAAAUUUCGUCAGCUAGAAACAGGCCAUGGAAUAAUGUCGCAAAAUAAUCGUCCAAUACAACCAAUGAAUAGAAGAAAAAUUUUUGUAAUAUCUUCAUUUGAUACGCAGAAUUACAGUUAAAGCGCGAUCAUUUUGAAGACCUUUUAGCGUUUCUAUAAAAUUUACCUAAAUAUCGAAAUAAGG